AUGACAGACUACAGGAUAGAUGAUGAUGGCUGGAGGAUUCCUGUAAAAACCAAUGACUCACCCAACGCACCUUCCAGCGCAUACAAAAUUGUAGAAACCUCCCUCAGACUGUCCAUCCCGCCGAUAUUCGCGAAUGAUCCCAAGAGCGGUGCUUUAGAAAUGCUAGACAGUUUAGUGAUGAGAUACGUACCGGCGCUGCGAGCAGUUUUAUUGACGCAUAUAAACACUCAAUUCAAGCAGUCGGCGGGGUUGAUCAUUGAUGAAUCCCCCUUCAGCGUCACAGAUGUUCAAUUCACAGCUCUAGUGUGGUCGCCUACGAUUGGACAGCGAAUGCGCGGCAAAGUCACCCUGUGUUCACCAGACCACAUCAGUUUGCUCGUUCACCACACUUUCAACGUUACCAUCCCGCGCGAGUUCAUCGAUUGUCAGACAUUCAAAUACGCAAACGACUCUGCUACUGAGAAUAGCGGUGGUGGGAGGUGGUUGCACACUUCUUCUACACAGGUACUUGCUGAACAGGGUCGUGAUGUCGAUUUCAGCGUGAUUGAGCGUAAUACUACGAAUGGGAUGCUCACACUCACAGGCAGCAUACUUAACAGUCAUCUAAAAGAUGGCGUGAAGGAUACGAAGAAGCGGAGGAAGAGUGGUACUAGCAGCUCCACCAAGGACGACCAAGCUAAUCAAUCAAAUGAGCCAAAGAAAGCAUCCAAGAAGCAAAAGAUCCCUAUACGGACUGCAAAUUCUUCCGACGAGCGUACAGAGUCUUCAUCAAACGAAUCAUCCUCGUCUAGCUCCAACGAUGAUGCUCAGCAGCCUUCUUCUGCGGCUGUUGAAGCAAAGAAAAUGAAACACAAAAAGUAG